CGCUCCAGCGACUAUUUACCCGCCCCGAGCGGGGAGAAGGCGGCGCCUCCGCCGUCCUCCUCAGCUUUUUCCUUUUGGGUCUGAGGCGCUUCUGCGAGCAAAGGGGCGGCCGAGCGAGCAGGUCCCCUUUGCCCCCUCUGCCCUCGGCGCUGCGUCCGAGCCGUCCUCCGAGCGCGCUGAGGGCGCAGCAGGGCAGCGUCCUCUCCCUUCCCUGCCCAACCCGAGGAGGCGGCUGCUGCCUCUCGCCUUCCCCGUCUCCCCCUCGGCUAAGGGGUUCGCCAGACCCUCGCAACUCGCGGCUGCAAGAGAGCCCGCGUGAGCCCUCACCGCCCACCGAGGGCCAUGGCCGGGCGCGAGCCCCGGAGCUGCCGCCGCCGCUUCCUCGCCGCCAGGAGCCCGCGCCUGUCCUGAGCGCAGCAGCGCCGAGGAAGGGAAGCAUGGCGCGGGCUGCUCCUGGGCGCCGCCGCCCGUGGCCGCUCCUCCUCGCGCUGCUCCACGCGCUGCCGGGGCUGCUGUGGGGCCACCCGCAGUGCCUGGACUUCAAGCCGCCCUUCAAGCCGCCGCGCCCGCUCCACUUCUGCGUGCAGUACUCGGACUUCGGCUGCUGCGACGCCGAGCGCGACGCCGCCCUGCUGGAGCGCUAUUAUCGAGUGGCCGAGAACUUCGACCAGGCCGCCUACGCCGCCUGCGCCAGCCACCUGCAGAACCUCUUGUGCCAGGUGAGCCUGGUGGGGCCACGCGGCCCGUCCCUUUCCUCCCACCCGCACCACCCCAAGGCCUAGUGAGAGGGACCUAGUUAGAGUGUGGGACCUGGGAGGUAAAGGGACCCCUGACCAUUAGGUCCAGUGUGACCCACUCUGGGGUUGCGGCGCUCAUCUCGCUUUAUUGGCCAGGGAGCCAAUACAGCUUCCACAUGAUGUGGCCAGCAUGACUAAGCCGCUUUUGGCGAACCAGAGCAGCGCAUGGAAACGCUGUUUACCUUUCCGCCGGAGCGGUACCUAUGUAUCUACUUGCACUUUGACAUGCUUUCGAACUGCUAGGUUGGCAGGAGCAGGGAUUGAGCAACGGGAGCUCUCCCCGUUGCGGGGAUUCGAACCGCCGACCUUCUGAUCGACAAGCUCUGUGAUUUAACCCACAGACCAGGGUUCAAAUCCCCACUCAGCCCUGAAGCUUAUUGGGUGAAUUCGGGCCAAUGGCUCCCUCUCAGCCUGACCUACCUAACAGGGAUGUUGUGAGGAUAAAAUGGAGCAGGGGGAGAGAACGAUGUACUCCUUGCAGGGCAGCUGGGAUAUAAACGCAAGGAAUAAUGUGCCAAGCUUCGUCCCCUGUUUUCACCUAGAGCAGCCACGCUUGGAUAAAUAAAUGGACAGCGCUGCCUUGUCUUGUUGGCAUUCUUCACUCAGCUGCUGCAGAAAAAGGGAUAAAGCAGAUUGUCCCACCCAGCCAGGUUUAAUCCAAAAGUCCAGGUAUUACAUGAUGAGAAAGACUGCAGCCUAAGCUGCAGCUGGAGUCUUCCAUUAGGGUUUCUCAAACUUGGGUCUCCAGCUGUAUUUGGACUACAGUUCCCAUCAUCCCUGACCAUAGGCCAUGCUGGAUGGGGCUGGUGGCAGUUUCAGUCUAUCCAUGUCUGCAGGGUCACUGGUUCCCCAUCCUUGGAGUUGAUGGACAAGGCAGCUUCCUAUAAUCCUUUCAUCCACUGCCAGUCCCCUGUAAGGGUAUGCAAGGGCGGUCCUGCCUUGUGAAAUAGCACUUCCAUUAGAAAUCCUUCCUCACAAACAGAUAGGCCCAUCCUUCAACAUUCUGCAUAUUUAGGUAGAUGGGAUAGAUGCUCCACUGUCCCAUAUGUGUUUGCACCCAGUUCAUCUUUAUGAAGUAUAACCUACACUCUGCUUUUACCCUAGAGGUGAAUGUCAAAGUUAUCUUCAUUGCAGCCAGCUGUGAUCCUUCUUACAGGAUUUUGCAAAAGUAGGCUAUCCAAGUGAUACCAGCAUUCUGUCUGGUUCCAUAUUCACCAGCUAGGCUGGUGAAGGACACACAGAGAUGAUGCUGUUUCCCUACUGUUAGACAUCAUAUCCUUCUCUGUCCAUGCACCUUCUCCAACAAAGUGAAUGAUCUGAGGGUUUUUUCCCCCCUGUGAGUUAGCCCUCCUUUUAGAAUCUGCUGGGCAAAGUAAGAAGCUCUUUGCUCUUCAUAAUAUCAUGCAGCCUCCUUGUCUUGCUUGCAAAACUUGCUGGACCAAACACAUGCUGGUAACAUAGAUUAAUAUCAGGACUCUGUGUGUUCUUAAGCCAUGAGCUUUCCUCCAGCACCAGGUGCAUUGGACAGGUCUCAAUGAACGGGCUGUAUAAUUCUUAUUUCUACAGGAUAUGCUUUGCCAAGCAAUUUUCUUUGCUUGCUUUGUCCAUUCUGUGCUCAGUCCCUGUUCCAGAGGAUGGUAACAACACCUGAAAACCCCAAUACAUGAAAGGCAUUGUGGAGAUUUGCUUGAUUUUCCAUACUUUUCUGAAUCUAUUCCUGUACCCUUGCCAUAGUAGAAUGUGUACUAGGUAAGUGUCUGCCAAAAAGAGGAGAGAAUACCAGCGCCUUGUAUAUUUUCAUUCUAUACAUCUUUUGGCAAAAUGGACUCACAAAUGGACUUUCAGUGUGUUAGCUGCUUCUAUUUCAUUUCAUAUCUGCAACAUGAAAACUGAUCAUGUUGAGUCCUAUUGAGUCACAGGGCUGCAUAGUGGAAAGGGACCUAAAGGCUAUUUAGCAUCAUAGAAAUGUAGAGAUGGAAGGGACCCUGAGAGUCAUCUAGACCAACCCCCUAGAAUGCAGGCAUAUGCAGCUAUCCCAUCAAACUUGCAACCUUGGUGUUAUCAGCACCAUGCUCUAACCAACUGAGCUAAUUGAACUCUUAGUUUAUCCUAGGCAGGAACAAAUGAUUCAGAAGACAUUGUUAAAUGUUUAUAUUAAUUCACAAGGUCUUACAUCAUAUUUUAUUAUUUUGCAAUGAAACAGGAGGAAUUUUCUCCAAAGAAGACAUGAGCAUGUUGGCGUAUGAUUCUGGAUUCUGGAUCUCUCCCUCGUCAUUUAGAGAAAGCUAACAUGUUGUCUGCACUGGCCGUGAAAGUUGCAUAACUUAGGGCAUUUCCAGACUGUCACUAGUUUUAAGCGGUAUUCAGAUCACUGGCAAAUUCAGGCUGUGCAAUUUGUAAUUGUUUGGGAGGUUUUGCCCAACAAACUCGCUUCCCUAAAAGUUUGAACUGUUUGCGAUAAGGAAUGUGAUGGGAAAAUGCACCAUAAAGUGUGAGAUAACGUUUACUUGAUUCAAUAUCUAACCUUUCCACAAAUACAUAAGUAUGCAUGCUCACUAAAUAUCAUUUAACCUCCCUGCAAACGAAUCAGGAUGAGGUGGUCUGGAAACACCUUUAGACAGGUGUACAGUCAUACCUUGGUUGUCAAAUGGAAUCUGUUCCAGAAGUCCCUUCGACUUCUGAAAAUGUUAAAAAACCAAGACACGGCUUCCAAUUGGCUGCAGGAGCUUCCUACAUGCAAAUGGAUGCCAUGGGAGCCGCAUCGGACAUUCGGGUUUCAAAGAACGUUCACAAAACAGAACACUCACUUCCGCGUUUGUGGCGUUCAGGAGCCCAAACGUUCGGCUCCCAAGGCGUUUGUCAACCAAGGUACGACUGUAUUUGGGAUAAAUGGAGACUAAAAAGAAGCAUCUGUUGUAAAUGCCAAGGGUAGUAUUCAGUUAAGUCCUACUCAGCAUAGACUCCUUGAAUGUAAUGAACCUAAGAUAGCUAAGUCCAUUACCUUUAGUGGGUCUACUCUGAGUUGGAUUAGCAUGGAAUACCAUAGGUGCAAGAGUUGUCAAGUUCUUGCAGGGCAUUGCUGAUGGAGGGCUUGUGGCAAAUUUGCAGUGUGUGUUUGUGGUGUUUAGAUCUGGAGAUAAAGGUCAUAGGUUACGGCCAUUGUUCUGUUCCUUAUCUUGUGUGUCAAAAAACUGCAUCGUCCACAGCUCUUAAAUCCCAUACACGCCACUUUCAGCCAUUUGUCGUGCUUAUGCUUUUAUGCUAUAGCAGAUGAAUAAUUUACAGGAAUCCAUUAGACUGAUUUAGGUCCUGCUUCUCAGACACACAGAUGGUAAUUUUCCUCAAAAUGUAUUCAUUAGUCACAUUAUUUUGACAAGUGUCUCUGUGUAUGAAUGUGAAUACUCCAAAUUCCAGCUCUUCCUAUAUUUAGUUGUGGUUUAUUAUAUGACAUUGUUUCUCUUCCAGGAAUAGAAUGAAAUGUUGAUCGCAUUGCAAUAUCUAUUCCAUCUGCAAUAGCCGAAAGAAACAGUCUAUCUGCACCCCUGGCAAUAGCCCUCAAAUAGACUGUCAAAGCCCUAUGUUUUUGCCCCUGUGAUAUUUUACAUUCCUGGAAAGAUGGGGAAAAUGAACCUCCUAAAGGGAGUUAAAGGGAUUACACUAGUACAAAAAAAAUCUCUGACCCUCCUAGGUUGCAAGCUUAUCUUGCUUUACUAGAGAGUAGAAUCACAGAGUUAGAAGAUACCCUGAGGAUCAUCUAGUCCAGGCAUAGGCAUAUUCGGCCCUCCAGAUGUUUUGAGACUAUAAUUCCCAUCAUCCCUGACCACUGGUCCUGUUAGCUAGGGAUGAUGGGAGUUGUAGUCCCAAAACAUCUGGAGGGCCGAGUUUGCCUAUGCCUGAUCUAAUCCAACCCUGCUGCAAUGCAGGAAUCUCAGCUGAAGCAUCCAUGACAGAUGACCAGCCAACCUCUGCUUAAAAACCUUGAAGGAAGGAGAGUCCACAGCCUUCCGAUGGAGCAAGUCCCAAUGAACUCAGUGGAAUGCACUGGAUGUCAUGGUUAAUGCAGUAAAUAUCUCAGGGCACUGGUUCACAUGUGCAUGUUCAUCGCCUAGAUUGAUGACUUGCAUGUGUGAAUGCCACAACUAUAGAAGUUUCACAUCAUUUCAGCCAUGUUGCCUUUUCAGUGGAGGCUGUUGAUAAAUUCAGCUGUGAGUUCAAUUUUUUAUUUAAGACAUUUAUAUGCCUCUUAAUUGUUUGCAUUUCUAAGCAGCGUAUGUAAGAACAAUCCACAGAAAACUGGACAAUAAAACAAAUAAAGGUUUAUAAUAGAACUGGAUGCUACCUUAAAAUGCUUGCUGGAACAAGAAAGUCUUAGUCAUGUUCCUGAAGUUCAGCAAGUAAGGGUGCCUUUCUGAUUUCGGUUGGGAGGGAGUUGUCUACGUGCAUGUGUGGAUCGGCCUUUUCUUAAAACAAGCUUGCACAUUAAGGAAAUAAACCCUUAUCCAUGGGAAAUAAUGUUAACAUUUGUUACUGCUUACUGGUUUUUUUUCCUUGAUGCUUUCAACUGGUCCAGGGCAAAAUCAGAUACAUCCUUAUUUUAUACUUACAGAAACCAACACCCACCUCCAAAUGCCCUUAAUUCCUAAGUAAGAGGGUAAUAUCUAAGUCAUAUUAAAAGUAGUUCCACUGAAAUAAAUGGGUCUACUCUAAAUGUGACUAAUGUUGACUAUCACCCAGACUAAAGAUUUCAUUAGUUACAUAAAGCGUUGACGGCCGUGAAACCUCUCCUGGGCUGCAGUCCUGAGCACAGUGAGUUCUUCCUACACUGGCUAAAUAAAAAGUCCUACAAUGCUCUUGUUCUGUUCCCAUCCAUUCAUUGAGACUUAUGGAAUAACACGUUCUGAUGGAUUGAUUUCUUAUUCAUGUUCAUGACCCUUCAGCUCAGUUAAUCUCAAGUGCAGAAUUGCAGCCUUGGGAAGCAAUCAAGGCAUUGUCGAAGAAUGGCAAGGGAUGGCAAGAAACACAGAAGGGUCUGCUUGAUGAAAGCUUAUUUAUGACACACAGAGAAAAGGCUUUGAUUUAAGGAAUAAGUGCCAGAAUGGAGAACAUGUAUUUAUGUGCAAGCACGCUGAAAUGAGGUCCAUUGUUCUGCAAAGAUGGGAUGAUUCAGAGAGAAUUGUGUGUCGAGCUGUGUAUAUCAGAUGACUCAGCUACAUUUCCCACUCCCUAAUGUUCUUCUUUUCUAAAGGUCAGGUGGUGGAGAAUGAUGGUUACUAGCGGUAGAGUUUACUUAAGAGCUGGUAGGGACCUUGAGGGUCAACUUGUCCAACCCCCCCGCAGUGCAAGAAUCUCAACUAAAGCACUCAUGGCAGAUGGCCAUUCAACCUCUGCUUAAACACCUCUAUAAAGGAAAGUCCAGCACCUUCUGAGGGAGUCCAUUGUUGAACAGCUCUUACUGUCAGAAAUUUUGAAAACAAAUAUAUAUGACAGAGGAACAUUGUUGUUGUUUAGUCGUUUAGUCGUGUCCGACUCUUCGUGACCCCAUGGACCAGAACACGCCAGGCACUCCUGUCUUCCACUGCCUCCCGCAGUUUGGUCAAACUCAUGUUUGUAGCUUCGAAAACACUAUCCAACCAUCUCGUCCUCUGUCAUCCCCUUCUCCUUGUGCCCUCCAUCUUUCCCAACAUCAGGGUCUUUUCCAGGGAGUCUUCUCUUCUCAUGAGGUGGCCAAAGUAUUGGAGCCUCAGCUUCAGGAUCUGUCCUUCCAGUGAGCACUCAGGGCUGAUUUCCUUAAAAAUGGAGAGGUUGGAUCUUCUUGCAGUCCAUGGGACUCUCAAGAGUCUCCUCCAGCACCAUAAUUCAAAAGCAUCAAUUCUUCGGCGAUCAGCCUUCUUUAUGCUCCAGCUCUCACUUCCAUACAUCACUACUGGGAAAACCAUAGCUUUAACUAUACGGACCUUUGUUGGCAGACAGAGGAACAUGGGAGGCUGCUUUACAUCAACAUCUACAUGUUGAGUUACAUCUUAUGCAGCUUUGCGUUUAACUCAGCAUUGUUUUUGCUGACUUUGCAGCAGGGUUUCAGGCAGAGAACCUUCCCAGCCCCACCUGGGGACCAAAGUGAUAGAUUACAUAUUUCGGUUACAAAUCCCAAUGGAUCCGUUUUCCCCAAUUUAAUGAAUUAUGUAAAGGGAAGUACUGCAACUUCAUAUUGGACCCAAAUGUCAUAUAUUCCAAAAGCAGCCAGAAUUUUAUAUUGGGGGUGGGGUGGGGAUCACUGUAUACUGAAACAUUUUGUUGCAGAAUUCCUUUGUGCUCAACAAAAUGCAACUUUCCCUGCAUGCGUUAUGUACCAAUAUGGUUAAAUUAUUAGCAAAGAAGACGGAGAUUAUUGUUUGGCUUUCCUGUAGUACUGUAGUUUGCAGAUGGGAACCGAUAGUAAUAGUACUCAAAUAAAAGGAAAUUACAGCAGUUUUCUAAGAAGUUUUGCUGGAGCUGCCAAGCUGAUAUCAUAGAUAAACAAAUCACACUACAACAAGAGCAAGCAGUUCCUUGAAUCCAGCUGGUUUGGUUAAUUUCUUAAGGGAAAAUAAAAUCUGAGACAGAUCACAGCUGCUUAAAUGCAUAGAACAUUUUAGCCAAUGAGGUGAACUUUUUACAUCACAGUGAAUCACAUUUCCUAAUCCUAAUCACAGUGUGGGGUCUCUUGACCCAUGUCGAUCCAGGCAGCGGGGCUCUUAAUUUAUUUAAGUGAAUCAAACCCUGUUAGUUCUGUGAGUUGGGGUUUUUUAACUACUUUUUUUUUGUAUGUAAGGGAAUUUUACAUCUUGUCCUCAGCUGGCCCAGCUGCAUGUGAAAUUCAGCCAAAAAUAUGACUAAGAGCACCAAAUUAAAGUCAGCAAACCAGAUGCAAUUCUUCAAUUGGUUGAUUGUAAGGACAGAUGUUCCACAGCAGGCACUGCAUGCAUUUUAUUUUUUACUUUAGGGUUCAAUAUUCAGAUGACGGCUUUGCAAUUGUGAAUACUUGAGUAAAGCAAUUACUUCACCAAGGCAAAAAAAGAAAAAGAAAAAAGCAUGUGAUUUAAUAUUGUGUGCAAAUUUCAGCAUCUACCUUCUUCUUUUAAAAAAGUUUUAAACUCUGUUGCCUGUUAGAAUAGGCUUUAACUGAUGUUGGAGAUAUCCAGUGAAAGCUCAGUAGGGCUUUUUGUAUUCUGAAAUCAGUAUUUCAGAAGUCACUAUUUCAGAAUAGCUUCUUACGGCUUCUCAAGUGUAAUGAAAACAGAAUAAAUGACUGAAAAUAGGCAGGCAGAUGUAAAUUUGCAUACUGCAUACAAAUUGCAGAAUUUUUGCUUUACGUAGUGAGGAAUGUGCUAUGUGUAAUAAUAACAACAACAACAACAACAACAAUAAUAAUAUAUUUAUACCCCGCUCAUCUCUCAGUGUGUGUGUGCCCUGUUUUGCACACAACACUGAUCCAAACCAUGGUUUAGCACAGACACACCAUAAGCUGUAACCAGUGACUAACUUACAGUCUAUAGUUUGUCAAGGACAGUUAAACCACGAGUGCAAAAGCACCGGGGAGGAAGGAAGUGGCCAUUGGCUCCUCUCAGGAGUCUACACAUUUGCUCAUUUAUGCUAAGCCAUGGUUUGGUUUAGUGUUAUGUGUGAACAAGGGCAGUGUGGUGUGUAUAUGCAGCAGAUGCAUCACCCCAGCUAAGAAUGCUGGUUUUGAAAGUAAAAGGACAUACGCAGUGCCUCUUACCUUGGUUCUGUUUGGCAUGGUAAUGCGUUGCUUUUUUUUUUUUUUUUUUUAAGCUGUCUUCUUGAAACAUGUCUGUAGGUCCUUUAUCUUUUGAAGAUUUGCUGUUUGUGUUCCACACAUACUCUAAAACAUUACCCCUGGUGUAAGAUCUAAGUUGCAUUGUGGACUCAGGAUCCUCUUAAGCAGGCUUCCUCAAACUUCGCCCUCCAGAUGUUUUGAGACUACAAUUCCCAUCAUCCCUGACCACUGGUCCUGCUAGCUAGGGAUCAUGGGAGUUGUAGGCCAAAAACAUCUAGAGGGCCGAGUUUGAGGAAGCUUGCUCUUAAGGUUGUUUUGUAUCUUCUUUUUCUGCUUGUAUCUUAUAAUCCUGUCUUAAAGCAAAACCAACAAGGUUCCUGUGCAGACCUACCAUUGGAUCUGAAUAAGUUCAGACAAUAAGUUAUGCACAUUCCUGGGUACCAGAGGCGAGAGUUUUCCUCUGGCUGCAAGGAGAUCUUGUGGGAACUGGCAGUUAUCAAACUCCCCGGCGCAGGCAGUUUGGAGUUGCUGGCUGAAUUGCAACUGAAUAACAGAUUUAAGGACAUGCUAUCUUAGGUUUGUUUGUUUUUUUAAAUAAUAUUUAUUAAUAAUUUCAAAAUUGCAGGAAAAAAAAGAAAAAAAGUUAAAAACAACACUACAAUACAUAGGGGAAAAAAGAAGGGGGAAAAAACAAGAGAAAAAAAACAAGACAUAAAAACCAAUGCCACAAUACAGCAAGAAAAAUAAAAAAGAAGGGAAAAAAGAAAACACAAAUCCCAUGUUACAUAUCUUUAACUUCCAUUUGCUUGUUUCAUUGACCUCCUCACACCUCCCUUUUUGUAUUCUAGUUUAAUUGAUUAUUUCAGCAAAUUCUUUCCAUCUUUCUCAAUUUUUACUAAAUAAUUUAUCUUAACAAUUUAGCUAUUAAUUAACUCAACAAAUCCUUUCUAUCCUUUCCCCAUAUUCUGUUAUUCAAAUUACCUUAAGUUAUUUAACCUUAUCUUACCAAAAAAUACUUUAGAGCUUAACACUUAAUACUCGAUUAUACAUAACUCCUGAUAUCUUUUCUACUAGAGUCAUAUAGUUUCAUUCCAACAUUUUCCCUAGUGUUCAUUAAUUUUGAGCUAAUUCCCUAGGAAAAAAAAGUUUUCUUUAUAAAUUCUCUUCCAAUCUUCAUCCAACGUCUCUUCUUCCUGGCCUCGGGUCGUGUCAGUCCUUACUGUCCAUUCCAUCUAGUCCAUCAACCUGGUAAUCUAAUGUCCGAGGCCCUUAAGUCUCUUCCAUGUCCCUUCUGCAGAUCUUCUUCUUGUUUAUACUUGCACUUUUCCUUGUCUUUUGUUGGUCUCUUUCUUAGUUUCUUUCCUUUCUAGUUGGGGAGUAGGUCUCUGGGGGGUUCCAACCCAAAAUUAUCUUCGUCUCCCUUCAUCCAACCAGCCCAUUCCCCAGAGUCCCACUCCCCACAGUCAUCAAUGUAGUCCAAAAAAUAUUUAAAGACAUAUUUCGAGGUCUCUCCAAAGUUAAGAAUCUCCUCAGCUCCAGACUCCCCCUGGCCAACUCCAACUUCAAUCUUCAAAGACAGCGGCUUAUGCUCCUGUAGGGCCUCGGGUCUCUCCAUUUGUGUUAUUUGAGGUGCAACCGCAACCUCCUCUAUUAUCUUCUGCACUUGCCCAAUCAGUACAGGUUCCUGAGUUGGUCCCUGAAUAGUUUCUGUAUCAAUAUUCCCUGUUUGUCCACAGUUAUUAUCCCCAACAGUCAUCAAGUCCAUUUUCUCAUUCAUCAAAUCCAUCUUCUCAUGCAUCUGUUCCAGCAAGGCACUUGUCUUGCAUAAAGCAAGCGCCAAAACUUCCUCCCAGCUCAUAUUUAGUCAAGGUCAAAAAGGCCUGGUCCCACGAUCUUAAUCUGACAGCUGUAGAGUCCUCAAGUAGACCGCAGCAACAAUUUAGCAAGCUCCCUCUAGAGGAGACAAUUUCUAUUUGUAUCCAUUUUUUUUAAGGCAAGUCCAACAAAGGAAAAUUACUUUCAUUUUUUCAGAGAUUUUGUUUCUUUAGAAUGCAGAAGGCAACUUUGGAAUCAAUUUAUUUCUCUUCUUUAGCUAUCUGUCAAAGUAUUCCAUUCACAGUUAAUGAACUUCUCCAAGAAUUUCUGUUUCUGACACCCCGUUCCCAGGUUAUAGACGGUGGAAACUUAUCUUUCUUCACUCCCUCUCCUGCAGGCGUUAAACAAAAUCCCCCCCCCUUUUCUCCUGCUUCCAAGGGGGUUUCAGUAGUUUUAAAAUGAAGGAAAUUUAAACUUUUUUAACGACUUUCCAGGCUUUAGCUUACAGGGUUUUUGCUUCAGUCUAUGUACAGAAAGCGGAAGGCAGACUUCCUGUUUUGAACCUUCCCGCUUCGGUGCCAAAUUAAAAUAUUUCUUGAUCCAAUUUUCCGUUUCUACUCACGGGUACUUGUUUUAAAUCCAAUUGUCCACAGGAAAAAGUCAGCGCUCUCUGGCAAUGGCUGUGCGGCUUCACUCCGUGAAAGUAGCAGUCAGUUCGCAGCACCGCGCCGCUCACCCCACUUCACUCCGGAGCCCCAAAAUGGGGUUCCCGGUGCGUAGGGGGGGCGCUCCUGGUGCCCUGCUGAACCCCACGUUCCCAGGCUUCCUCCGCCUGGGAUUUCUAGCGGGUCCCCACCUUCGCCGCGGCGGGAAGACCCAGUUUCCACGGAGCCUGUUCCUCCGGUUGGAGGAACUCCGCCAUUCGCCGAUGGCGCUGACCCGGAAGGUUUUUCCUCAUAGGAGAAAGUGAAAUCAAUACAGCCGUUGCCUUAAAACCCAGAUGAGCUCUGUCCUGAAACCAAUUGCAAGAAAAUACUAGAUUACCACCACAUGGCAUGGAGAUAUCCCACUGAAUCUUGGUGUAUGGUAAAGCAAUCAUUGAGUCAGUUUCUCUCUAAAUGCCUUCUGUUUGUCUCUUUGUGGCGAGACAGAUGACUAACAUUCUCACAUUGGGCCGUGUGCUAAACUCCCCAAGUUUCAGCUGUAGUUGCAGAAAAAUAAAAGUAGCUUAAUGCCCACAUCUAUAUCUUUUUGCUUUUGCAUGCAGAAAUAUGAGUCGACGUCCAACAAGCCUUUCUCUUUCUGAAGUUGCAGCACACUAAUAAGAUCUUUUUGUUGUUGUUCAGCAUACUAAAAUGCUAUAAAAUCAACAUAGCUGCAGCUUUAGAACACUUAAAGUAUCUUGAACUUUGGGAUCUUAACAAUAUUUAAAUAAUGGCUUUACUCGUGAUCAGUAAACUGGUCUCCAAACAUCCAAAGCACAGAGCUAAUCUUGACAUAUGACGCUGUCAUGUACCAUUUUGAACCAUCUAACCCAGUAUUGUUUCCAGAAAACAUCUCCAAUAGCUCCAGGAGAGAAGCUUUAAAUUGAUGCCUAUCAAAGCCCCCCCCCCCCCCGUGUCAAUAGCAGCUUGCAGUGGAGAGCAAUUUCCUUUGGGAUCACACUGGGUGGGGGGAGAGAGAGAGUUAAUCCCCACUUCCCUAUGGUUUUGAUUGCUUCCCUGCAUGGCUGUUAGUUGUGGGGGUGAGGACUCUAGACAUGUUAAGGUUGGGUUUCCCCAAACUUGGGUCUCCAGCUGUUUUUAGACUACAGUUCCCAUCAUCCCUGACCAGUGGUCCUGCUAGCUAGGGAUGAUGGGAGUUGUAGUCCCUAAACAACUGGAGACACAGGUUUGGGAAACCCUGUGUUAAUGCAUUCAUGCAUUUAAUAUCACAUCUAGUUUGGCCUUUAGUGAGCCAAAGCAGAGUCUCUUAUUUGGGCUAAUGAUACAAUGAAUAGAAACAACUGACAGGCUUCUCCCUUUACCUGCAGGAAUGCUCCCCCUAUGCUGCUCACCUGUAUGAUGCUGAAGACCCUUCCACUCCAGAGAGAACUGUGCCAGGACUAUGCAAAGAUUACUGCGUACAAGUGUGGCAAACCUGCAGGGCCAUGUUCCGUUACCUUACCCCAGAUGAAGAGUUACUGUCCCUGGAAGGCAACAUGGCAAAGUUCUGUCGUUAUUUGUCCCUCGACGACACCGACUACUGCUUCCCCCACCUCCUGGUCAAUAACAAUCUCAAUCAAAACCUUGGGGUAGUGGUUGCUGAUUCAGAAGGAUGUCUACAGUUGUGCCUAGCUGAGGUCGCCAACGGGCUUAGGAAUCCAGUGGCCAUGGUGCAUGCAAACGACGGAACGCACAGGUUCUUCAUUGCUGAGCAAGUUGGCUUAGUCUGGACCUACCUCCCAGAUCGGUCACGGCUUGAAAAACCAUUUCUGAACAUCAGUGAAGCUGUACUGACCUCACCUUGGGAAGGAGAUGAGAGAGGUUUUCUAGGUAUAGUCUUCCAUCCUAAAUUCAAAUUUAAUGGUAAAGUGUAUGUCUACUAUUCAGUUGAAGUGCAGUAUGAAGAGAGAAUCCGAAUCAGUGAGUUCAGAAUUUCUCCUGAUGACAUGAACUCUGUGGACCACGGUUCUGAAAGGUAUUGUAUGCACCUUUAUCUGUCACAUUUAUUUAAGAUGGCUGGAGGGCAAACAUGCACAUCUAAGGAUUUCUUUGGCUGUGUACACAUUAGCGGCUUAAAACACAGCAAGUGCUAUCCCACCCCAUCCCUGCAUGCUGUGUUUCAAGUCACAUGUACAUAUUGCUGUACACGCUAGAGAGGGAGCAGGGAUGUAUUCACUCAAUGUACAGUACAGUGGUACCUCGGUUUAAGAACAGUCCGGUUUAAGAACAAUUUGGUUUACAAACUCUGCAAAACUGGAAAUAGUGUCCCGGUUUGAGAACUUUACCUCGGUCUAAGAACGGAAUCUGAACGGUGGAAGGUCACUGGCGGUGGGAGGCCUCAUUAGGGAAACCGUGCCUUGGUUUAAGAAUGGUUUAAGAAUGGACUUCCGGAACGGAUUAAAUUCGUAAACAAAGGUACCACCGAACGUGUUUGGUUUCCCCAGGCCUGCAACCCCCCAUAACUCCUAUUCAUGAAGCUGUCAUCUGGGCACGAGCGAUGGCUAUUUCAAAUGUACACAUCUCAGCUUAACCGCAGUUUCCGUUUUCAAAUCAGAUGGAAACUGGUUACAGGGAAAAUGCAUUUAAAAAGCAGUCGUUUUUCAAGAAAAUGCAGGCUAGUUAUUGAUUGUAGGUAAUAUCAAGUGAACAUGGCUUUGAAUGUCAGUCAUGGGAGCGCAUUGGAGUCGGAGCAAAUGGCAAUGUGUACACAACCUAAUAGCAACACAUUCUGUUACCUGCAUCUUAGCAUGCUUCCAUUGCAGACAGAAAGCUACAGUCUGAUGCAUGGAUAGACCAAGCCACCCAGAGUGGGAAAGUGUGAAAAAGUAACAUAUAGACGAAGUGCAGCUUGUGUCUUUGAUGCUUCCUGGCUGCUUCUGGAAUACACUGCUCCCCCAGUCUGAGGAGCACCAUAAAAUAAAAUAAAAAAGGUAAAAUGGUUUUUCUGAAGAUCCCUUCAUUGGCCAUCACCACAACUGAAGAUGGACAUAGGCUAAGAUUGACAUGAGUCAGAGGGCCAAGAAAAUAUAGUGGCUAACUAGAUUCUACUAUACUAAACUCCAUACUAGAGUCUGCAAAUGAGUGUUCCCCUCCUGGGGAUUUUCAUUUUCUGCAGCAUGUGGUUCAGCUGGCUUGGUUUCAGACAUCUGGGCGUGUUUACUAAACUGUUCUGUGUCUACAGACACCUAUGGCUCCAGUGCCUUUUGCUUUUGGCACGCAAUGCUUUGGAUAAUGGCUGUUUAGCUGCAGAAGAAUUAGUACGGAGCGGCUCAGUGGUUUUGUCCUAGAUCAGAGAUAGGGAACCUGUGACCCUCUAGCUGUUCGACUCCUCUAUCAGCCCCAGAAAGCAUGGCCUGUGGUCAAGGGUGAUGGGAACUGUAGUCCAUCAUCUGGAGGGCAACAGGCCACCCAUCCCUGGUCAAGAUGACUUUCAUUCCCUUUAUAGGCUCAAGAUUGCAUGAACAGAAACAAAUCAUGCUUUAAGUGUUCUCAAGGGGCCAAAAAGUUUUGCAGAGCUGUCCAUAGGAAAUAAUAUUUAGAAUUCAGAUAAAUCCCUUUCAGUUUUAGCCUCCAGCUGAAAGAUGUUCUUGUUGCGUUGCACAUUGGCAUGUAUAGAUCCCUGUGCUUCUCGGUUCCCUUCUUCACUGCGCAUUUGCACUGAUGUUUGCUGCAGUUCCCACUUAGUUUGUGAAGAGCAAAGUUGCUGCUCAAAAGGCAGGGGUGAUAGCAUUGUGAUGUAUGCGUGAGAACUCAAGUAUGUUUUAUUGCCUCCCAUGACUUUGCUGCCAGGACUCGAGCCCACUGUGGUGAUUGACUCCAGUGACCUGACGGGCGUUAGGUCUGUUCUGUCUGUGCUUCAUGACCCUGCCUGCCUAAUGGAAGGGACUGCAAGGGAAGCCAUCCACACCCAAGGGCACCUCUUUGCACCAGUAGGACAGGACAGUUGACAAUCUCUACUCUCCUAAAAUAUUCCUGGUCUGGUUUGCUCACCAAUAUGAGAUUCUCUUGUGCGUUUAGGGCUACCUUUGUCAGAAGAAAAUAGGGAGGCAAGCCCCCUCCUACCGCUAGGGCUGCAUGGUGAAUAUUUUGGCUUGGAUGCUAAGAUAAGUUAAUAAAGUUCAUGCAAGGAAAUAUUCCCACAACGUUUUUCGCCCUGUAACCACCUGAGCCCUGCAAAAGCCUCUUGGUUUGUAGGGUGGGGGGCAGGGUUUUUAUUCGGCCAGAACUAAGAAGUUCCAGCACUCCUUAGGUGGACGCCAUUGCCAUUCUAAGAGAACGAGGGAGGUAUUCAUGGUGAGUUCCAGGACCUCUUUUUCUGGAAAAAAUAGCACUGGUGGGGAGGUGUCUACCUGAGGGAGGUAAAGGUAAAAGGUGGCGCUGUGGUCUAAACCACUGAGCCUCUUGGGCUUGCCGGUCAGAAGGUCGGCGGUUCGAUUCCCUGCGACGAGGUGAGCUCCUGUUGCUCUGUCCCAGCUCCUGCCAGCCUAGCAGUUCGAAAGCACACCACUGCAAGUAGAUAAAUAGGUACUGCUGCAGCAGGAAGGUAAAUGGGGUUUCUGUGCACUCUAGUUUCCGUCACAGUGUUCCAUUAAGCCAGAAGCGGUUAAAGUCAUGAUAGCCACAUGACCUGGAAAGCUGUCUGCGGACAAACACUGGCUCCCUCAGCCUGAAAGCAAGAUGAGCGCCGCAACCCCAUAGUUGCCUUUGACUGGACUUAACCAUCCAGGGGUCCUUUAUCUUUUUUACCUGAGGGAGGUAUGGAAGGGUUGCUCAUCAAGGUUGGAAUUGCCCAAAAUCAGGUGAUUUCUGUAGUGGCAAACACUAGGACCCUCAACAGAAAACAGGAAAAGUUGGACAAGGGGGUCAGUUGGCCUGGAGCUGAGGUGUGGCAUAGCUAGGUGAGUAGCAACAGACCAGGUUUCCUUACAUUGAACAGGAAACAGCGAUUCAAAUGGCAGAGCUAGUUGUGCAAAGCAGGUUGAUGCAACUAGAUGUGCAACUGUGGCCGUUUAGUAGCAUGUCUUUGGAAAGCAAGUAGGAAAAGAUAACGUCAGGUGGCCUUCAUUUUGUUUUUCAUUGAACCGUCUGGGCUCUCGGAACACAGCAGAACAGUUCCAGCUGGACUGCCUUUUGCUUGGUUGUACUUUGGGCGUCUCCAGACAUUUAGCUCGACGUGAGGUCAUCAUGACAAAACAGCAGUGAGGAAGGGUGGAAAGCAACACCAGCCCACUUUAAUCACUGCAGGUAGAAGUGGGUCUUUAAGUGGAUUUGUGCCUUGGCCAGCAAAUAUUUGUGUGUGUGUGUGUGUGUGUGUGUGUGUGUGUGCAUGCCUGUGGGUGGGCGGACAGAAUGAGAGGGGACAUGAUAACAAAACGUUAAGAUGGCACAUGGGAUGGAGAAACUGGAGAGAGAUAAGAACUCAGGGUCAUCCAGUGAGGCUAACUGUUGGGAAGAUUCAGAACAGACAAAGGAAGCACUUCUUCAAUCAGCGCCUAGCUAAAUUAUGAUUCUAUGGAUGGCUUUAAAAGAGGAUUUGACAGAUUUCAUGGAGGAGAAGGCUAUCAGUAGCUACUACCCAUGAGGACUGUGUUCAUCCUCUGCUAUCAGAGGCAGUUCGUCUCUUUGAGUACUGGCAUUUGGAUACCAUAAGCAAGGAGAGUAUUGGUUAGGUCCUGACUGUGGGCUUCCAAGAACGCAUCUGGUCAGCCACAGUGAGAACAGGAUGUUGGACUAGAUGGGCUCUUGGUCUGAUCCAGCAAGAUUCUUCUUAUGUCCUUAAAGACCACAGUGGGUGCUCUCACUCUCAAUGUUGGCAGAAGUAUUGUGUCCAGAUCAAGGGAAGUAAUAGUGCUGCUCUAUUCUGCCUUGGUCAGACCACACCUGGAGUACUGUGUCCACAGUUUAAGAUGGAUAUGGACAAGCUGGAACGUGUGCAUAGGAGGGUGACCAAGAUGAUCAAGGGUCUGGAAACCAGGCCUUAUGAGGAGCUGUUGAAGGAACUGGGUAUGUUUAGCCUGGAAAAGAGGAGACUGAGAGGAGAUAUGAUAGGUAUUUUAAAUAUCACAAGGGAUGUCACAUGGAAGAGGGAACAAACUUGUUUUCUCCUGCUCUGGAGGGUAGGACACAAACCAAUGGGCUUCAAAUUACAAGAAAGGAGAUUCCAACUAAACAUACAGAAGAACUUUCUGACAGUAAAAGCAGUUCAGCAGUGGAACAGACUCCUUCAGGAGGUUGUGGACACUCCUUCAUUGGAGGUUUUUAAGCAGAAGUUGGAUGACCAUCUGUCAUGGAUGCUUUAGUUGAGAUUCCUGUAUUGCAGGGGGUUGGACAAGAUGACCCUUGGCGGUCUCUUACAACUCUACAAUUCUAUGACUCUAAGACCUGUUUCUAGUGCUAAUUGAAUGUGGUUAUCUACCCCUUUUAUGUAUGUCCUCCAGAUAGGAACUAUAGGCUUAUCCUGCAAGCAUGGCUCACUGUGUGUUUUGCCUUUACUUUAAAAUCCAGACAGUGUUUCCUUCGGAUUCCCUACUAAGCAUGUAUUCAUCUUGCUCCAUUAUAUACGGUAUAUAAAACCACUUUGGAGAUUUGUGAGGCAUAUUGUAUAUAGCAUUGUAUUCUUGCUAAGGCAGCUCUGUGGUGUGUGUAUGUGUGCUGGUUCAACUCAAGAGCUGAAACGCUUUGAAGAUGAACAACGUCUGGGGGAAGGGUGGGAACGAAAGGAUCUUGGCCUUAUCUUCAUAAAGUCAAGUGUUGCCUCAUUCAGUUUUGCUUUUGUGGUUUGUGGAAUACAGUUUCCAUACUUUUACGUUCUGCCUUAAAAAAAAAAGGUAAACCUUUUUCAUGGAACACAAAUUGAUUCAUGAACUUAAGAUGGGGAAAGUGGGAAACGGAAAGCAACCAAAAUGGACAGAUUCACCCAUCCUUAACAUAUUAAAUGUAUCCAUGCUUAUCUAACCAACAGUUAUAAUUCCUUACAAAUGCUGUACUCUGGUUUGAACAAAGUAAAAAAGAAAAGGAAAACAAGCCACCUUCUUUUGAUAGGAUCUGUAAAGAAUUGCGACGUUGUCAAGGAUGGUCAGGCUGUGGUCCUUCAGGUGCUCAUGGACUCCAGCUCCAAUCAGCUCCAGCCAUCAUGGUUGGUGGUCAAGGGUGAUGUGAGUUGCUGUCCAACAGCAGCUGGAGAGUCAAGGUUUCCCAGUCCUGCUUUGUGUCUUCAGUCAAAGCAAAACCAAACACCUUUGCACUUUUUAUUGCCAAGUUCAAAAGAGGAGUUGGACAGCACAUAUAUGCAUUCAGUUCAUGAACAUUUUAUCCAGAGUUUCACACAUAUAUAUAUGCGCCUAUUUAUUAAUACAUAUUCAUAGAUAUGUGGGACGCGGGUGGCGCUGUGGGUUAAACUACAGAGCCUAGGACUUGCUGAUCAGAAGGUCAGUGGUUCGAAUCCACGUGACGGGGUGAGCUCCCGUUGGUGGGUCCCUGCUCCUGCCAACCUAGCAGUUUGAAGGACAUCAAAGUGCAAGUAGAUAAAUAGGUACCGCUCCAGCAGGAAGGUAAACGGCGUUUCCGUGCGCUGCUCUGGUUCUCCAGAAGCGGCUUAGUCAUGCUGGCCACAUGACCCGGAAGCUGUAUGCCGGCUCCCUCGGCCAAUAAAGCAAGAUGAGCGCUGCAACCCCAGAGUCGGCCAUGACUGGACCUAAUGGUCAGGGGUCCCUUUACCUUUAUUUUAUUCAUAGAUAUGCAAAAAAUACACACCCAUUACAAAGUAUCUUUUUAUAGUAUGCUAAGAUAAAACAGCUACUUAGUUUGGAAAAGAACAAAGUCGGAAAGAAGAAAAGACAAGAAAAAGAGAGACUCAAAAAAAGAGAAAGGGGAAAGAAGUGGGGAGGGGGGGGGACUACAGAAAGAUAGAAAAGAGUAAAAGGACUUUUGGCUCGCUGUCCUGCAACUACUUAUAAUAUUCAUUCCUUAAAAUCCAACCAUUAUAUCUUCUAUAAACCAGUAUUUCUUUUUCAGUCGUCAAAUCCCGAUAUUACAAGUCCAUUUUCUGUUUCACACACACACAAAAAGUCCAUAACAAGUUUCCAGUCCUUAACAAAUGUCAACAGACUUUGUUUUGUUGUAGUGUUCAUCUGUAUUGCAAAUGUUUUGCUGCUAUGAUUAUUUCUCUCUCUUUUCUCUGCAGGGUAAUUCUCGAGAUAGAUGAACCUGCUUCCAAUCAUAAUGGAGGCGAGUUGUUGUUUGGAGAUGAUGGUUAUCUUUAUAUCUUCACUGGAGAUGGGGGAAUGGCCGGUGAUCCUUUUGGAUUGUUUGGAAAUGCUCAAAACAAGUAGGAGUCGGACAGACACGAUAUUAUUUGGGAAUGGGGCAGGCAGGCUGCACUCUGUUGAUUUUAUGUAGAAGUCAGAUUAGGUUCAGCAGUAGUACAUACCUUUAUUGCUUUUCUUGACCUCAGGUUGCAUGCUGGGCAACUCAGUGCAAUAAUGCAACCUUCCCCAACAUGAUGCCUUCCGGAUGGUCUGGACUACAACUCCUAUCAUCCCUGACCAUUGGCUAUGCAGACUGGGACUGAUGGGACUUGUAGUCCAGAACAUCCAGAGGGCAUCAGCUUGGAGAAGGCUGGCAUGGUGGCAUUCUCUUAUGUAGCAGAUUUUGUGUAUUUUGUGAUCUGGCAAAUUUCUGCCUAAUUUGCCAACUUUUGUACAAUUAGUGCAAAAAAAAGGUACCUUUGGUUCCAAAUGCAAAAGCACUAGCUCUUUGCCAGUAUUUGUCACCAGCAGCCUAAUGUUGUACAGAGCAUAUUGUCCACCAUAAGUUUCUGAGCUGUGAAUAUGGCACAUUAAAUACGACUGAUUCAGACACAAGCCUAUUGCACACCUGUAAGGAAUCAGUAUUUCAGCGUGGCAGCACCUGCAUUCCAGAACUCCCAUUGACAUUGGGCAGACAUUUGUUUUGUUUAUUGUGUUGUAUAUGAAAAGCCUUAAUAAAAUACAUUGGUGCAGGGAAGACUUUAGGCUGGCAUAUUCACUGUAUUGUAUUCGUCACCUGCUAAAAACUUGUUUGUGUAUGCAUUUAACUGCUGGUUUUAUUUACAUUUUGAACUUUUCUUGAAUAUCAACUUGUUUUUAACCUCUGUCUUUUAUCGGUAAUUUUAAUGUAUAUUUUAUGCAAGCCACUUAGAGGGUUUUUUUACAAUUAAGUGGUAUGUAAGUUCUGUUGAAGUUCUGUUGAAGUUAGGGACGCGGAUGGCACUGUGUUCUAAACCACUGAGCCUCUUGGGCUUGCCGAUCAGAAGGUUGGCAGUUCGAAUCCCCGUGACGGGGUGAGCUCCUGUUGCUUGGUCCCACCUCCUGCCAACCUAGCAGUUCGAAAGCACACCAAAAGUGCAAGCAGAUAAAUAGGUACUGCUCCGGUGGGAAGGUAAACAGCAUUUCCGUGUGCUGCUCUGGUUCGCCAGAAGCGGCUUAGUCAUGCUGGCCACAUGACCCGGAAGCUGUAUGCGGACAAACGCCGGCUCCCUCGGCCAAUAAAGCGAGAUGAGCGCCACAACCCCAGAGUCGUUUGUGACUGGACUUAACUGUCAGGGGUCCCUUUACCUUUAGUGCCCAGGGAUUUUAACAUUCAAAGUUCAGCUGAAUUAUAUAUAUAUAUAUAUAUAUAUAUAUAUAUAUAUAUAUAUAUAUAUAUAUAUAUAUGAUUUUAGAAAGUUUUUGCUUACAUAUUGCAUUCAUUCCAAAACACAAAACAAUAUCUUUAAGAGGUUCCCAACCACUCCCCCCGUUUCCAAUCAUUGUCUUUUUUCUUUUCUGCGUCUUUGUACCUUUAUCUGAUUUAUUCACCUCUCUUAUUAAAAUCUCUCCCUGAUACAUCACAAGUGUUACUCUAAGCCAUUCUAACGUUUUUAAAUGUUUACAGUGCUCCUUCAGAUAUUCUACAAAAGGAGCCCAUUUUUUAAAAAAAUUAUUGUCCUCUUGUGUCUGAUCUUCCCAGUCAUUCUCGCCAUUUCGGCAUAGUCCAUUAAUUACCUUAUCCAUCCUUCUUUUGAUGGGGUUCUUCUUUCCUUCCAGCCCUGGGCAUUUAACAUUAUCACCGCUGUUGUCACAUACAUAAAUAGGACCUUUUUCUCUUUUGGAAUUUCUUCUCCUAUUAUGCUUAAUAAAAAAGCCUCUGGUUUUUUAAUACAGGUUAUUUUAAACUUUUUAAAAAAUUCGUUGUAUAUCAGUUCCCAAUAUGAUUUUGCUAAUUUACAGGUCCACCACAUAUGGAAAAAUGUACCUUCAUUAUUUUUACAUUUCCAACACAAAUUUGACAUUUUUGCAAGUCUUGUAGGAGUUAAAUACCAUCUAUACAGCAUUUUCAUAUAUUUCUCCUUUAAUGAACAGCAUGCGGUAAAUAAAUCUUAAAUCAACCUUCCAUAACUUUCCCCAUGCCUCAAAUUGUAUAUUAUACCCCACGGAUUUUGCCCAAUGUAUCAUUACCGAUUUCACUUCUUCAUCUUUAGUCUCCCACUCCAACAACAUUUUAUAUACUUUUGACAGAACCUUUUCAUUACUUUCCAACAGAUCUUUUUGUAAUUGUCAUAAAUGUAGGGGUUGCUCGUGCGUAAGUUGGUGCCACUCCUGGCUAGGUUGCCUUGUUAAACUUUUCUGUCUGGACAGCCCCUGCACUUCGUGGCUGCUCAGUCGCUAGCAGAAUCCAUCAGUGGGCGUUUCUUAAACCUUUUCCAGCAUAAAAGUUGUUUGACUCCAAGUCUCCUCCUACUCUCCCUGCGCGGAAGUCUUCUGCACAGGGAGGGCGUGGGUAGCGGAGGACCUGUGCUCUCCUCGCUGAUCUCCGGCGAGGAGUCCUGGAGCCCCGUGGCCGAUUCCCCCAUCUGCCCCCCUUUAUCCCUGGUGUUACGCUGAUUUCUUUCCCCAGAUGGUGAGCUGCCUCUCCCCCUGCUGGGCCCUUCUCCAGCAUCGCUCGAGAGCCUAGCCUCCGCCUCUGGCUCCGAUGUCAGUUCCCUGACAGUAAUCUUGAGAUUUCUUUCCCAUAACCCACUUUUUUAUCCAAUUUAAAUAUAUCAUUUAGUUGGUGAUAUUGGAGCAAAUCAGUAAACAAAUGUUUUAUAUUUUCUUCAAGUUCAACUGAUUUCCCUCCUCUAUCUACAACUUUCUAUAAGUUAACCAACCUCUUUCCAUAUUUAGUUUUUUGACCGCUAACACUUCUAGUGGUGAAAUCCACCAAGGGGUCUUAUUUUCCAAUAAAUUCUUAUAUUUGUCCCAUAUAUGAUAUAAUGAUUUUCUUACAAUAUGAUUCAAAAAGCUGAAUUUACUGUUUUCCAGAACUGAGCUUGCUUUUCUGGUAGCUUGAUACCCACUUCAGUCAGUAGCCAAGGAAGAUUUUAAAGAAAUCAUUAAAGCCACUAGUUUAAAUAUGUCACACGGAUGACCGCAGAAGGGCAUAUCCUUGGGAAACAUUCUCAAUAGCCCCUUUGAAAUAAGAUGGUCUUGCUCCAAGUUCUGGUGUGUGAAUGUCCAGAAUAAACACUCUCAGCUUGGUAGUCUCACUAGAAAGCCCAGUGAUGGCACAGGCAGUCUCCAGAGCAAAAUGAAUGUUGCCCUUUUGCCAGUCAUUUCCCCAAUUUUUAGGGUUUCUGCGAGGAAGAAUGCAUUCCAAACCACCUAUUAUUUACAUAAGUAGAAGGGUUUAACAAUAUCUUCUCACCCGGUAUGGCUUGUGAGGAAGAAAGACAUGCAUGCUUAUUAAUUCACCUUUCCAGUGAAUUUAGUAGAAAACUUGGGUGAGUAGCAGAACACAUUAAAAUACAUUCAGGAAGCACACAAUUCAAAUGGGAUCAAAACAGACAAAAACACAGUCAGCUGAUAAUACAUUUGCACACAUUAUGCAGCCCAUCUCAGAGACCAGCCAUUGCUUAAUGAAACGCUUGAUUCAUUUACCACAUCACUUCUGGUUAUUUAAUAUGCCGUAGCACUUCCGUGCAAAAUCUUCAGAAACAUCUGUUUGAACUCCUAAUAAAAUUUAUAUGCACUGUUAGUCUCCCUGCUUAUGGAAACCUUGCUGCUGUGUAUUGCAAUAAUCUAAUGGAAGGGGAAGUUUUAACAGAUGGUUAUUUUGGUGUUUCGCCUUUGACAGGUCAACGCUGUUAGGCAAAGUUCUCCGGAUCAAUGUGGACAACAACGACCAUGGGCCUCUUUAUAGAAUCCCUCCGGACAAUCCUUUCAUUAACGAGCCAAAAGCCCGGCCAGAAGUCUAUGCUUAUGGGGCGAGGAAUAUGUGGCGCUGCUCUUUCGACAGAGGUGACCCCUACACAAAGGAAGGGAAAGGCCGGCUUUUCUGUGGCGACGUGGGGCAGAAUAAAUUUGAAGAAAUCGACAUAGUAGAGAAAGGGAAAAAUUACGGCUGGAGAGCAAGAGAAGGGUUUAGCUGCUACGACAAAAAGCUUUGCACCAAUUCCUCAUUAGGUGAUUAUGGCUUCUGAGUUAAUUGAAUUGGACAGUGAAUUGCUUUGGUGAUUUUGGAAAUUUGGAUUACCCAUUUGGAAGCACGCAGUUUGGGCUCAUGAUGCAUCAGGCUUCAUGCAGCUAGAUCACUAGAUAUAUAUAUAUAUAUAUAUAUAUAUAUAUAUAUAUAUAUAUAUGGAUGGAGGGAUGGUCUUGGGACAUCAAGAGGAUGGAGAUGUCACAAACCUUUGGUAUUAUUAUUAUUAUUAUUAUUAUUAUUUCAAUUUAUAUACUGCCCUUUAUCAAAAGAUCCCAGGGCAGUGAACAACACUAAAAACACAUUUCAGAACAUCAAUGUUAAAAACAUAAUAAAAAGCAUACUGGCAGACAGCCUUAUAAUAAAAUAGUCAGUAUAAUAACAGUCCUCUCCCCCACACUUUCACAGGCCUUAGAUUAAUUAAUAGCCAUAGACCUGGGUAAAGAGGAAUGUUUUUGCCUGCCACCUAAAGGCAUGUAAUGAUGGUGCCAAGACAGUCUCAUGGGGAGAGCAGUUCACAAUCAGGGAGCCACCACAGGAAAGGCUCGUUCUCUUGUUACUACCCUUCAAACCUCUCUGGGAUGGGAAACAUAGAGAAGGAAACAUAGAGAAACAUUGUUCUACCCAUCGUUCUACCCGGACACUGAGGUCCAGCGCCGAGGGCCUUCUGGCAGUUCCCUCACUGCGAGAAGUCAAGUUACAGGGAACCAGGCAGAGGGCCUUCUCGGUAGUGGCGUCCUCCUUGUGGAACACCGUCCCACCAGAUGGCAAAGAGAACAACAACUACCAGACUUUUAGAAGACAUCUGAAGGCAGCCCUGUUUAGGGAAGCUUUUAAUGUUUGAUGUAUUAUGGUAUUUUAAUAAUUUGUUGGAAGCCGCCCAGAGUGGUUGGGGAAGCCAAAGUAAUAAAUUAUUAUUAUUAUAAGGGUGUCAGAUGACAAGCACAGGGACCAGGUCAGUUCUUAUGGGAAGAGGCGGACCUUAAGGAAUUGAGGCACUGAGCUGUUUAAGGCUUUAUAGGUCAAAACCAGCAAUUAUAUUGGGCCUGGAAACUAACCGGCAGCCAGUGCAGUUGUGCCAGGAUUGGUGUUAAUAUGCUCAAACCGUCUUGUUCUGGUGAGCAAUCUGGCCACUGGUAGGCUCUGUUCAGGCUUGAAGAGUCACAAGCCGCAGACCUAGCUUCAGACUUUCCAGUCACAAUUUCAGGCCAGGAGGAUAGGAACUGAAUUGCAGAAUGUGCUGAAGCAGACUUGCUGCUCUUCAGAUUAUACAGCGAGUGAGAAGUGGAAAAGGAAUCUGAGCUGCUGUUCCGUUGCUGCUGUUCCACUUCUUAGCCAGCUAUGUUGCUAAUGAUGCCCUGGUAUGCCAGAUUUUCAGAGUGGUUGCAUUAUGGACUCGACAAAUAUGUGGAAAAGACAAAUUUAGCUCUGCUGUCCAGACUAUUACUUAAUGAAAAUCCCACAGAGGCACAUAUUACCGGCUUCCAUGUUCUGUUUUUUCCCUAGGAAAUGCGUUUAUUAUUUUUUUACCAUAAGGGAUAAAUAUGCGGGAGUCCCAAGCCUAAACCUAUGUAUUUGGAAGUAAGCCUCGUUGAUUUCACUGGAAAUUGAUUCCAGAAUGCUUAGAAUCACAGUCUAGUUAGAAUAAUAAAAACCUAGUUUCUAAACUCUUAAUCCCAUGCACAGAUUAGUCAUUCUGUUUGUUGAUUUUAAAAAGCUACCUUGUCCUUUAUAAAAUUCUGUCACUGCUGCUUAGAAGACAAGCCAGCUUCUUAAACUUUGAGCCAGGUCAGUAGAGAAAAGUUGUAAAAUCUAGACUUCAGAUCAGUCGGCCAGCAUGCAAGUCUAGGCUUCAGACUAGAGUGUCAUCUGAACUAAAUUGGCUAACUGUAUCUGCACAAAAGGGAUGAAUGUCAGCAUGGGUCUGUAUCCCAAUGACUGACGCUCAUAAGCAGUAUUGCAGUUUUCUUCUCCUUUUAAUUCUCACCAGAUUGAAAUAAUAAAUCAGAUGGUGCUAUAAGUGAAGAAGCCAUUAUGAGCUCAGACAUCAUGUGCAUUUAGGCUGGUAUUCUUUCAUCAGGUUAUCCUCCCAUUCUUGUUGGAAGAAGCAGAAUGAUCCAACAGGGUGCCCUUCCGCUGUGAAAAAUUGUUUGUAGACGCUGCUGCGACUUAUUUAUAGAAGCCAAGAGGUCUGGGGCAGACUUCACAUUUGUGUGUGUAUCAGUUUAUAAUAUAGGGAACUCCCGGUUAGGAUAAGGUUACCAGACGUCCCCGUUUCCCGGGGGCAGUCCCUGGAUUUACAAAUCAGUCCCCAUACAAAAUCCAUUGAAGUUGAAAAGUGUCCCCGGAUUCUUUGGGGAAAAAAAUCUGGUAAUCUUAGGUUAGGAGUGUCUGAACGCCACGUGAUUGUGCACAUGCCUAUGGUGCUGAAUCUGGAAGUAGAUAAAGACAUCAUGGAAAGUGGCGGGCUUACACAUGCGCUGCCGAUGCAUGGGGGGAAGGGGUCUGGAACAGAAGCCCCACACAAAACGCUGAUUGGCUCUACAGUGGUACCUCAGGUUAAGAACUUAAUUCGUUCUGGAGGUCCGUUCUUAACCUGAAACUGUUCUUAACCUGAAGCACCACUUUAGCUAAUGGGGCCUCCCACUGCCGCUGCGCCAUCGCCACACGAUUUCUGUUCUCAUCCUGAAGCAAAGUUCUUAACCCGAGGUACUAUUUCUGGGUUAGCAGAGUCUGUAACCUGAAGCGUCUGUAAGCCGAGGUACCACUGUAGUUCGUAAAUGUUGCUAUGAUGUAUUAUACAUUCGUAAAGGUUGCAGCAGAGCCUCAAAACCAGCUCCCACGCACUGCCUUAGAAAUGUUUGUGCCAGGACUGUAGCUCAGUGGCAAAGCACAUGUGCAAGAUCCCAGGUUCAGUCCCCUAGUGUCUCAAGAUAAGGCUGGGACUUUUCUCUGCUUCCAGUCUGUGUAGUCUAUAUUGAACCAGAUGGACUUACUCUGAUUCAGAAUAUGGCAGGUUCCUAUGUUCCUGCUCAUGCUAGGAACAUCCAUAGCUAGAAUAAGUAGACAAUGCAACAUUACUUAGGGGACUUUUAAGUGGUAAAAUAAACUGGAUUUUGAGUUAAACCAUGUUGUAUUUGGGGAAUAAAACCCUGAUAUUUCUGCUGGUAGAGGAGCCCUAUAAACGCUGCAGUCUUUGGAAGAAGGUUCUGUAAAAUAUACGGUACCUUCUUGUUUCUACUCAGUGUUCGAAACUCCCAUUGUUCUAGGCUCAUUUUACGACAGGGAAUUUCAUUAUCGCGAGCCGUUUCUGAGCUCUGGGAGCAGUACUGCGCCUAAGAUUUCAUAUUUAAAACUGCAGAUUGGAAGGAAAGGAGGACCUUUUUCUGUCUCCCCACUUCCAGCUACUUUCUGAACACUGGAGAAGAGACCCUCUUAAGAAUAUAAGGGGGGUGGGGUGGGCAGGGGAAGGACUAGUCCAUGUGAAAAAUGAACAUAAUAUUUUAGCUGCAGUUCCUUCAUUUUCAGCUUUGUAUUCUUGUUAUAUUAAAAAAGUGAGCCUAGAUAUUCCAUUGUUGUGCCCAUAACCUAAGUUUAAGGCGCCAUUUAGCUCCUAGCUUUCACAUCUCAGUUUCUAACACUGUUUCUACUCUAUGGGGGUUUAAAACAAAGCAGGCUGUAGAAUAAGAAACAGAAUUCAGUGUGAUGCUUUCCAGCCUUCAGUGAACUGUGAUAUAUGAAUGGCUGAUUUGCAUCCUCCAGGCAUGAUAAUUCUCUUUUCCCCACUCUGCAGAUGAUGUUCUCCCCAUAUAUGCUUAUCCACACAAAAUAGGGAAGUCGGUGACGGGAGGCUAUGUCUAUCGGGGUUGUGAGUCUCCAAACUUGAAUGGGGUGUACAUAUUUGGAGAUUUUAUGAGCGGGUAAGUGACAGGCAGAGCGGCCAUGAGAUGAGCAACAAACAAUUCCAGCUAAAAUCAGGGAUGAGAGGAUCUGUCAAUUUCAUAUCUCCCAGUUUCCUCAUUCCCCCCCCAUCUUAAAUUCAGUUCUCUACAUUUUGCAGCAAUUUUAUUUUACUUAUAUUUUUUAAAGAACAUCCUCAUGAAAAUCCAUCCGCGUUUAAUGUGGAAUUCUCCUAAUAAGCACAUUUUAAUGCAGACUUUCCCUUAAUAUGUGCAUUUUUGGGGUAAACAUUGUUGGCUGGAAAAAUGCAUUUGAAAAUUCAGAUCAGCAUGAACUUUGAAGGAUAACUCUGUUUUUGCUUUACAUCAUUGUUUCAGAAAGCGCCAGUUAUAUAUAUCUUGUGGCUUUAAAUGCAUACUGAAGGAAAUUCCUCCUCUCAGAAUUUUCAAGUAUGAGAUGCAAAAACCUAUCGCACUGUAAACACUUACCAAUCUGCCAAUGAUUGCUUAGUGUUCAGCCACUAAUAUGUUACCACAACUGACUCGUGUAUCCCAUUAGCCUAUGUCUUUAUAUUCGUACGAAUGUUCAGGUCUGUGAAGGUAACAGUAGGAUGAGGGGUUAAUGUUGCUGUUCCAUGUGUAAACAUGCUUUGCAUGCAGUCAGAUUUAUAUUUAACUUAAGUCCAGAGGAAUCUGAAUAUUUUGCCCUGCCAUAAAUGUUUUCAAAAAAUUGUCUUUAGUUAAAUUAGUGUUUGACAGAUUGAUAUAUUCUCAGUGCUUAAUACUUUGCUUCCAAUUACAGGUGGCCUUUCUAGCCUUCAUGGUUUUAUAGCUCACGAGUGUCCUAACUUUAAUAGACCAGUUAUAUGCCAAUGUUUAACUGGAGUUAGCAAUAUAUAUUCUAUGGGUUUCAUGUGCAAGUUCCCAUGGCUUAUGUGCUCCAAGGAAUCCCACCUUUGCCUCUUAAAAAAAAAAGGUAUCUAGUCCUCAUGAUCAAGAUGGCAGUAGGGUUUAGGUACUGGAAAUAAGGAGACAAUUUAAAAGGUAAAAAAUUCGUUAUGCUCUUAUCCUUGUAGAACAAAGACUGACCUUCAGCUAUAGCUUGACACCCACCCUGUUCAAUAUGCAAAUGAUGUUCAUCACUCGCGGUCAGAGCUGCAAAUUAAUUUGGCUCAGGAGUGCACUUCAGCUGUGCCAGAAAUGCAGGCAGUCCUUAUGUGCAUCUUCAGUUCCCAUUUGCUGUUGAAGGCACCCAGUGUUCUGGAGAGAGGGAGGAAACACAUUUAACCAUCUUGAUUGGAGCAGGCGUAAACAAAGUUCUCUCUCAAAUUGUUUUAUGCAACUUAAUAAGCACCUGCCCCACCCCGGGCUCCUCAUUUGCUUUUUGUCUUACAGGCGCCUCAUGUCCUUGAAAGAGAAUCGAGCAACUGGGGAUUGGCAGUACAAUGAAAUAUGCAUGGGAACAGGUCAAACCUGCAUGUUUCCUGGACUUAUCAAUAACUACUAUCAGUAUAUCAUCUCUUUUGCUGAAGACGAGGCCGGUAAGCACUAAAUUGCUAAACAUCAUCUGUGGCUAACCCUCUCAGAGAGCCAGUGUGGUGUAGUGGUUAAGAGUGGUAGACUCGUAAUCUGGGGAACCAGGUUCGCGUCUCCGCUCCUCCACAUGCAGCUGCUGGGUGACCUUGGGCCAGUCACACUUCUUUGAAGUCUCUCAGCCCCACUCACCUCACAGAGUGUUUGUUGUGGGGGAGGAAGGGAAAGGAGAAUGUUAGCCACUUUGAGACUCCUUCGGGUAGUGAUAAAGCGGGAUAUCACAUCCAAACUCUUCUUCGUCUUCUCUUUGGACAAACGUAAUUCUUCAUUCCUCGGUUGCCAGAUUCUUUGCUCCAAAGCCUUCUUCCUCAGCCCACCUUAGGUCCGCUGCAACUGUGUGCCAUUGAUCCAUCAAGCUUUUAUUCUCUCCACUCCAUCGCCUUUCUCCUGUAAGACGUAUUCACUGCUAAGACAGUUUGGCAACUGUCAGGGAACUGACAUCGGAGCCAGAGGCGGAGGCUAGGCUCUCGAGCGAUGCUGGAGAAGGGCCCAGCAGGGGGAGAGGCAGCUCACCAUCUGGGGAAAGAAAUCAGCGUAACACCAAGGAUAAAGGGGGGCAGAUGGGGGAAUCGGCGAGGGGGCUCCAGGACUCCUCGCCGGAGAUCAGCGAGGAGAGCACGGGUCCUCCACUACCCACGCCCUCCCUGCGCAGAAGACUUCUGCGCAGAGAGAGUAGGAGGAGACUUGGAGUCAAACAACUUUUAUGCUGGAAAAGGUUUAAGAAAUGCCCACUAACGGAUUCUGCUAGCGACUGAGCGGCCACGAAGUGCAGGGGCUGUCCAGACAGAAAAGUUUAACAAGGCAACCUAGCCAGGAGUGGCACCAACUUGCGCACGAGCAACCCCCACAUUUGUUACAGCAACACACCAUUAUGAUUUGGGCAGGGACCACAGUUGAGUUGCAGAGCACAUGCUUUGCCCAGGUACAGUCCUUGUCAUUCUCCAGGCAAGGCUUGGAAAGGCUCCUUCUCAUACCCCUGGAGAGCUUCUGCCAUGUCAGGUGCCUGUGUUUCUCCUCCAUCCUCUUCAUUUGGAUGGUGUUUUCUUCUACAGUUCUUUUUGCAGGUUUUCCACCCACCCUGGGAUGACAUAUUUUUUUCCAUUGGAGCAGUGACAGUGAAGUGGUAAUGGCAGCAGAGGUUUCUCUACCCCGCAACAGGAUUGCUUGUAUCUCUGGAUCUCUCCCUCUGCCUCCCUUUCUGCAGUUGGAGAGGAAGAACUUCCCUGUCCUUUGGCCCCUGGGAUGCCCUAAGUCAUGAAAGUUCCAUUUCGGCUCAUCCUAGCUAGCCCCUGUUUCUAUUCUCCAUGAAUCUAUCUAAUCAUUGUGGGUUUUCUUUUUCUUUUCUUUUUUAAAAAAGUCUAUCAGCACAUCUCGCAAUAAUGAAUUCCAUAAAUUACUUGUGCAUUUCAUGAAGAAGCGUGAUCCCAAAUCAACCCUCAAUCAGUUUCAUUGGUUAAGGCUAACUCUUGAAAAAGAUAAGCUUUCAGUUGUCGAAAUUGGAAACUAAUGAUAAUAGCCACUGUCGGAGUUUCUAUAUGACAAAUAAAACCGAGGGUGCUCAGUUAUGUGGAUGAUUCCUUGGUCCGUGGAUUUGGAGGCUUCAGGGACAAGAGGAAGGACCUUUGAGAUAGUGACGCUCCCUUGGGCAGUUCUGUUGAUUAGAUCUACAGCAUGAUUCGCUCAAGACGGGUUUAUAAGAGAAAAUUCAUUUUACAAUCCAUAGCACAUGCAGGCAAAAGCGUCACCCCAUCAGUGUUGAGCAUUGUUGCUAAGCAGCAGCAUCCACAAUUUUGCAGUUUACGAGUUUUGGCUCCCAGCAACUGUAAACCGAAGUUUCUUGACGUCUGCAAUUGUGACUCUUUGCCAAGAUCCCUGAGCUAUACUGAGGGCUGGUGGUGGUUCUGGGCACUCAAAUAGAUGGCACUUGCUGCAAACAGAUGAUGGAGAACAACUAGAUGGACCAUUCGUUUUUAAAAACGGGAUAGCACUGAAAUAGCCAUUAAAUGGAUGUCAUUUUAAGGAAUGAGAGUCUCAAGGUAGAGAGUUGGAGCUUAGGAGCUGUAUGAGGUGUGCAGUACAAUAAUAGACAUGAAACCACCCAUUUGGUAUCAGGUUGGAAGCAAAACAACGGGACGCAGGUGGCUUGCCAAUCAGAAGGUCGACGGUUCGAAUCCCCGUGACGGGGUGAGAUCCCGUUGCUUGGUCCCAGCUCCUGCCAACCUAGCAGUUUGAAAGCACACCAAAGUGCAAGUAUAUAAAUAGGUACUGCUCCGGUGGGAAGGUAAACGGUGUUUCCAUGCGCUGCUCUGGUUCGCCAGAAGCGGCUUAGUCAUGCUGGCCACAUGACCCAGAAGCUGUACGCCGGCUCCCUCAGCCAAUAAAGUGAGAUGAGCGCCGCAACCCCAGAGUCGUCAACGACUGGACCUACUGGUCAGGGGUCCCUUUACCUUUACCUAUGCCUGGAAGCAAAACAAGGCUAUCUGAAAAUAAGGUAGUAGUUUCAACAUACAUGAAGGGGAACUCUCUUGCUAUGCUGAACUGAACUGGUUAAAAAAAAUCCAGUAAAGUGGAGCAGGGGGGCGGGUCUCACACUUCCCUCCAUUGGGAGUGAAUUCCACAGAUACGAGGCCACCACUGAAAAGGUCUCUAGUUCCCAGAUCACGACACAAGUCUUCAUUUACUUAAAUCAAAUUGAUAAUCUGGAGAAUGCAUAAGAAAUCCCCAUGCAUUGGUUUUGGAGUUUGCUGCUGACAAACUUCAUUGUGCUACUUAGCUUUGUGAUAGUAAACUACUCGGUGGAGCACCCAGGAUACAUGUGAAAGAUUCAUGCCGCCUUCUUUUGUUUUUGUUUUUUUCAUGAAGGAGAACUUUAUUUUAUGUCAACCGGAGUCCCGAGUGCCACCGCUCCCAAUGGUGUAGUUUACAAAAUGGUUGACACAUCACGGUAAGACACAGUGCGUUUUGGCUCCAAAAUGUUUAUUCUCUGAUAUGAAAGAAAAAAAUCAAGUCUUAGGGCUUGAUUUUUUGUUCUGUGGUCUUUAUUCUUCUCACAACCAUUAACAUUUCACUGGGGGAUGAGGGGGAGGAGGGCUAGGCUUCAUUAUAAUAAUCUCUUUUUUGUUUCCUAUUUUUAUCAGGAGAGCACCGCCUGGGAAAUGCCGCGUUGAGCCUCUACCAGUGAAAGUGAAAGGCAAGCUCACAAAGUUUGUUCCAAAGGAAAGUGAGUGCCGCAUAUAUUUUAUUUAUGAAUAUUCACAUUGGGGAUUUCUGAGGGGCAAAGUUCGGGUUCGCACAAGAAUUUUUAAUGAACGCUUCUGGUUUCAAGGGGCCGGGGGCUGAUGGAGGCUACAAGCCAAGAAACUGGAUGCAGAGUUUAGAACAUAAAACAAAAAGAAAUUCUAUUUCAUUCAAGCUUGUAGUUUCAAGUAGGAAGCGAGCAUGGCUGCAUGCAAGAAAACUGACCGUUCAAAUGGCAAGUUGAGCUCCAUUCUCACAAAUAAAAAUGGCUGCCUUGGCCCUCUUUGCUGGUGUUUGAAUUUUGUUUGCUCAUUCUGCAUUUGUAGUGCAAACGAAACAAUGAAUGUCCUUUCAAAACUUCCUAGGGUGAGUUGCCGACGUUUUCAUUUACUGCAAGCCUUCCAAGGUCAAAAUCUCUUUCAUUUGCAAAAAGUGAUGCCUUUGCACUAAAAUGUUUUAUUUAUAUUUAUUUAUAUUCAUAAUAUAAUUACAAUAAAAUUACCACUGAAAAAUUUGCAACCAUAAUUUAAAACAUACAGGAAGUUUUACUCUGAAGCUUCUUGUGAAGUGCUAGUCUCAACAAGGCAAAAGGCAAUUUAUAGAAGAAUUGCACAGACAUUCUCAUUUUGUGGAUAAAAUACUCAUCCAUGUUAUGACCAGUAAAAAGUUCUUCAGUCUACAUAUUCUGUAGUACGAAGCAGAAGUGGGUCUUUUCUCUUAGAGGAAACAUCACUCUAAUAGUUGUGAAAGUCAUGUAAAAAAUAUGCUGCUCGAAUCAAGGAGAUUCCCAUAGGCUCUUUGCAACUGUGGCAUGAACACUGAACACCCUUUGAAGACUGUUUCUUUAGAUCUUGAGGCUGAUGAAUGGGGGGAAAAAUAGCAGGGAGAAAACAGCUCAGUAGCUUUUGGAACCUGUGAUGGUAAAAGGAAAUAGGUCUUCUUCCUGCUGCCUUUCUCAUUAAGAACUGAAAAGGAAAAGGUUCGACGUCGUCCCCUUGCGCAGAAUGUGUCAUGGGUUGCCCUUAGCAACUCUUCUCCCUUUAUUCACAUUCCAAUUACGGAAGAGAAUAGGCUCUGAAUGCUCGAUAUUUUCAGCCACCAAUGGAUGAGCGUAUCUGGCAUAUUAGGCAAGCUGGCUCUCCCACAGGCUGUAAUGAGCCAAUCUGAAGUAGUAAUGAAGGGUACAGCAAAAAGGAAAGGAAAGGAACAAUGCGUUUGAGAUGCUUUCUGAAGAGCGGGUAGAUGGCAGGCGGUGUACUGAACUGGUUCACGGUGAAAUCUUGAGAGAGAAAUAUCCCAGCCCGCAGAAACAUGUGCCUGCAUUUCCGCUUGCGGUGUUGGCAUAAUAAUGCCAUUGCCACAUCCUCCAAGCUAGCCAUGUGGGUUUUCCUGCGGCAAGUGUGGCAGUUCGGUAAAGGGGAGCAGUUGCAGCCUAGCAAAUACGAUCCUGUUAGAAGCUGGCUCCAGGCUCCAUAGAAUCAUAGAACUGGUUGGGCCCCUGCCCCUGUGCCAUUGCAGGCCACCCCAGCUCUCCUGCAGUGUUGUUCCACGCCUUUAUCCAAUAAGAACCCAAUUUCUGUGAAUGGGUGUAGGGCUUUAAAGGUCAGUGCCAACACUUGGAAUUGUGCUCGAAAAUGUACUGGGAGCCGGUGAAGAUCCUUUAGGACUGGUGUUAUACAGUGGUACCUCGGGUUACAGACGCUUCAGGUUACAGACGCUUCAGGUUACAGACUCCACUAACCCAGAAAUAGUACCUCGGGUUAAGAACUUUGCUUCAGGAUGAGAACAGAAAUCGUGCUCCAGCGGCUCAGCAGCAGCAGGAGGCCCCAUUAGCUAAAGUGGUGCUUCGGGUUAAGAACAGUUUCAGGUUAAGAAUGGACCUCUGGAACGAAUUAAGUUCUUAACCCGAGGUACCACUGUCUUGUCCUGGCGGCCCCCCAAUACAUAAAAUACCACGGUACACACAAACCCAUGUAAAAUCGGGAUGAACGCUCAAUAUUCAGAAGAUCUGAAUCUCCUGGGUCCUGAAUAUUCCAGGCAAUUCCUGGCUUGUUCCUAACAGUGAUGCAGAGGAUGCUUUCUGGACCCAGGGUCUUCAGGGGUCUGUUUAAAAUGCUGACCCACAUCUCUGUUUUUGCACUCUAGAGCUUAUAAUUAAAAAGCCAACGCAGCGCCCUAAGCUAAGAGCCACGACUAGAGCUCCAACCAGGAGCAGAGCAACUGCAGCACCUCCUCGAGCGACAACUCCAGAUUGGCUGGAGCAACUCUUGACCCUCAUGAGAAACCAGAACAGAGUGCAGAUGACGACGGCAGCACCGAGAACAAGAGCCCCAAAGCCCAGGAAGGGAGGAAGGGCCGGUGGAAGAAGAGGCCAGAGGAGGAGGAAGAAGCCCACCAGUGCUCCCCUGGAGCCACGGAAUGGUGCAGUCCGGAUAAUGGACGGCAACGCGAAGGGGAAAGAUGGGGGAAGGGUUGAGAUUUUUAUCAAUGGAGAAUGGGGCACCGUGUGCGACGACUUGUGGAACUCGAAGGCAGCCGCGGUCGUGUGCCGCCAGUUGGGCUUUGCCUUUGUGAUCAGGGCAACCAAGAAAGCGGCAUUCGGGGAGGGGCACUCGCUUCCCAUUCUCCUUGAUGACGUCCAGUGCACAGGGCGUGAGAAGACGCUCCUGGAAUGCUCCCACGCAAACAUUGGGAGGCACAAUUGCUCCCACAAAGAAGACGCGGGAGUCAUAUGUAGUCACGAAGACGUUUUCGAGACUGAACAGUAGGGAGAGUGGAAUCACAGGAUAGUACCAAGUCUUGUUGUGUCAAAUAAACAAGCAAACCCACACCAUUAAUGAGUAAUUAACACACCUUGGUUUAGAAAUCCUAAUGGCUAGAUCCAGACUUACGGCCCCAUCCACACUAGAUGUUUAAAUCAGCGUCGUAGCACUUUGAACCAUCGUGGCUUCCUGCAUAGAUUUGUGGGGACUGAGUGCUGCUAGGAGACCCCUGUUCCUUACAGAGAGCUGCAUUUCCCAGAAUUCUCUGGGAACAGGGAUUGCUCAUUAAAACCACUCUGCAAAAUGUAGCUCUGCAAGAUGAAAAGGGUUUUCCUCAAUUGCUCUCGGCACCCUUAACACAGAUGGCUCUCUGCCCCCCCCUAAAAAAAGCUCAACAAUUUUGGCUGCUUCUCCCUAACAAAUAUUUGAUACCAUAUCCCUAUCUCUUUCAGACUAGUGUUUAUCAUGGGGUGGGUGUUUCUAAGGCAUGCAAGCUUUUCCCUGCACUAUGUCAUUGGCCUCAAAAUGCCAGUCCACCUUUCCUCUGCAUUCAGUCUGGAUUACCCUUUUGGUGAAAAAUAUAAAUUCAUAUUUAUGCGGGUGGCGCUGUGGGUUAAACCACAGAGCCUAGGACUUGCCAAUCAGAAGGUUGGCGGUUUGAAUCCCCGCAACGGGGUGAGCUCCCGUUGCUCGGUCCCUGCUCCUGCCAACCUAGCAGUUCGAAAGCACGUCAAAGUGCAAGUUGAUAAAUAGGUACCGCUCCGGCGGGAAGGUAAACGGUGUUUCCGUGCGCCGCUCUGGUUCGCCAGAAGCGGCUUAGUCAUGCUGGCCACAUGACCCGGAAGCUGUACGCCGGCUCCCUUGGCCAAUAAAGCGAGAUGAGCGCUGCAACCCCAGAGGUGGUCACGACUGGACCUAAUGGUCAGGGGCCCCUUUACCUUUACCUUUAUGAUAAAUUCGGGGUGGGGAGGGUGAGACUGAUGCCAGAAAACUGUUUGCACUACCUGAACCACAUGUUUACAGUAUUAAGCCCCCAUCUGGAAGCAGUUCUGUCUGACUUCACCUAACAGAGCAUCAUAUUCCCCAGCUAUCAGUUUCCAUUCACUCUCCACUUACACUUCCAUAGAGUAGACUCAUUGAAGUCAAUGAGAUUUAAGUUAGGCAUCUCCCAUUGAUUUCAACCGCUUAAUCAUGAAUAAAGUCUGGAUCUAGCCAAUUAUUUGUGUAUACCAGAUGUACAAAAGCAGUACAUCAGUCUCUAAACUGACCACAUCUGUGGUCAGUGAAAGCUUGCCAUUUUACAAAUGGAAGUAAUAUGUAACUAGCCAGCAUUCGUUUCUGUUUUUUUUUUUUUAAAGGUUUCCAUUGUAAAUAAGAGAACGAUUGUGUUGGAAAGCUGGAUUAAAAAUAAGAUCACGUGGCAAACAUCUCAUGGUGAUUUAAUAUUAUUCUUUGAUGUAAGGAUUUAUAUUCUGUGGUCCACGUUUUACAAAGAAAUAACUGAAAUAUCAUGGAGAAUAUCCCACCCAAGCUCAGAAAUUCUUAAGUGCUUGAAAGAUGCAUGACUGUUAAUGUGGAUGCAAGGUCUUAUAACCCAAGGUAACUGAUGGGAAACAUUAUAAACAGCAGGGUGUGGGUUAAACCACAGAGCCUAGGGCCUGUUGAUCAGAAGGUCGGCGGUUCAAAUCCCCACAACGGGGUGAGCUCCCAUUGCUCAGUCCCUGCUCCUGCCAACCUAGCAGUUCGAAAGCACAUCAAAGUGCAAGUAGAUAAAUAGGUAAGGUAAUAAAUGGGAAGGUAAAGGGCGUUUCCGUGCGCUGCUCUGGUUCAACAGAAGCAGCUUAGUCAUGCUGGCCACAUGACCCGGAAGCUAUACGCCGGCUCCCUCGGCCAAUAAAGCAAGAUGAGCGCCGCAACCCCAGAGUCGUCCAUGACUGGACCUAAUGAUCAGGGGUCCCUUUACCUUUAGCUAAUAUGCAAGAAACCAUAGCAUUGCUUGUGAUGAACAGUUAACACUUCACCAGCUCAUGUUUCCAGGUAGCUGGUAUGCAGAAAAUUGUAUUCCUCUGUGUUUUUGUUUUCCUCUCUCAAAAUUGUAAUUCAGAAAAUCUGGAGAUGGUCUUUUAAUAUUUACAAUUGUCGCUUAUUUUUAAAAAAGGUGUGUGUCUGUU